AAAAAUAAAAGAUCCAACGGUUGAUACAAACCCUAUUACUUUCUCUAUAUUACUCCCCUCAAACCCUCUCUUCAUUCCGCCGCUUCAAGCAUUCGCAGUUCUUCACCUCCUCCAUCUUUUCUCUCUCCUCUCUUCAGCGCUUCCUAUCUGCAAAAAUGGUUUUGCAAAACGAUGUUGAUUUGUUGAACCCACCAGCGGAGCUUGAGAAGAAGAAGCACAAGCUCAAGCGUCUUGUCCAAUCCCCAAAUUCCUUCUUCAUGGAUGUUAAAUGUCAGGGAUGCUUCAACAUAACCACCGUCUUUAGCCAUUCCCAGACUGUUGUGGUGUGCGGUAAUUGCCAGACAGUUUUGUGCCAGCCCACAGGAGGUCGUGCCAGACUUACUGAGGGUUGCUCUUUCAGGAGAAAGGGAGACUAAACAAAUCCUUCAGAGUAAUUUUGUUACCAGAAAGAGUACGUGCUUAGCUUUGAGUUGGUGAAAUGAAGCAUCCUUUUGUCACUCAAUUUCUGUUACUUUUUAUGUUUGAGGUCCAUGAAAGUGGCUCAGGAACUUAAUUUAAAUGGUAGCGGUAGUCUUAUGGUAUGAGAUAAUUUUGUUUUAAGAGUUUGUGAUAAUACUAUUGGUUUUUUGAGUGACGCUUUGGUAGUUUGGUUGUGACUAGCAAAAUUUUGUUAUGUUGCCUUUUUCUUGUUUAUCUUAUUUUAAUCAGGAUUUGUUUAUUUUGAUCAUUGUUUGUCGUAAACAUCCAGGCUUAUCACAUGGUGAUAUGCUAUUCAAUUUGCUAGUGUUUUGAACUGUUUUCUGUUGUA